AUGGGCAAUCUCCUUGGAUCCCACAAGAAGCUUCCAAAAGAGGACUUGGAAUUUUUACGCGGGAACACAAAUUUCACAAAAAAGCAAAUCAAACAAUGGUAUCGUGGAUUUAUCCGUGAUUGCCCAUCGGGACAGCUGAGCAAGAAAAAGUUUAUUGAGGUAUAUUCCGGAUUCUUCCCUGAUGGUGAUGCCGAAGAGUUUUGUACUCACGUAUUCCGCACAUUUGACAAGGAUAAUUCUGGCAAGAUCGACUUUAAAGAAUUCCUAUUAGCGAUCAAUAUCACAUCCGGAGGUAAACCAGAAGAAAAACUCGAGUGGGCUUUCCAAAUGUAUGAUAUAAACGGAAACGGAACGAUAGAAAAGUUGGAAAUGGUCGAAAUUAUCAAAGCAAUUUACAGCAUGUUGGGUGCGGAUGAGUCAACGGUAGAUUUGAGUCCAGAAGAUCGAACAAAUGAAAUAUUCGAAAAAAUGGACAGUAACGCCGAUGGUGUGUUAACGCGCGAGGAAUUUAUGAAUGGAUGUAUGGCAGACAAGCAGCUAUAUUCCAUGCUACUGGCAGAUGAACCAGCUGAAUAG